AUGUUAACGACGAUGUCGGUUGUUGUUGCUAAGCCGAUGUCAAGGUCGUACGCACUUGCUUCAGCUGCUGGCAUCACAGAAUCAGAACUGAACACGAGAGACGCUAACGGACGUACAGUCCUCUUCUACGCUUCCAGAAACGGAAAAACACAAGUUGUUAAAAACUUACUCAAUGCCGGAAGUGAUCCUAAUAUACCGGAUGUGGAAGGCAGUACCCCAUUACAUGAAGCAACAGAGAGAUGUCACCUUGACAUCGUCAAAAUUCUUUUAAAAAAUGAUAAAACUGAAAUAAAUGCGAAGAACAGAAACGGACAAACUGCCCUAAUGAAAUCAGUACUAUAUGACGACGUAGAUGCUCUCAAAAUACUACACAAAGCCGGUGGACUCAUUGACGAAUUGGAUUCUACGGGUAAAACAGCCUUCAUGAUUGCCAUGGCGGACGGUAGGGAGCGCACUUCCGAUUAUCUCAUUAAAAACGGAUGUGACGUCAAUAUUGUUGACAAACUGGGUCAAACUGCUCUUUAUUUAGCGUUUACAUCAACACAUGGAAUGUCAACAGAAAAUAUUCGACGACUGUUGAAAGCCGGUUACGAAACAGACAAGGACCGGGCAUGGCUCGCUAAGGCGGGAAUGGAACUGAACGCAUUCCAACAGAAAAAUUUCUUCCAGAGAAUUAAAGCUCGUAUCACGACACCUUCCGGUCGACGUCACAGUGAAGGAAUUCUGGGAGGGAGUACGAUACCGUUGGGUAGCGGAGUCAAUCACGCGCAUCCGCGUUUCCGCUUCCGGAACAAUUCUUCCUUUAAUUAA